AUUGUUUAUAUUAUGAUAAUAGGCUAAUUUUUAUGGUUAUCAAAUCAAAAUUCAUUCAUUCAUUUGUUCAUUGAGAAAAGAAUCAAAGGAAAAAAUUGCAACAAUCAUUCAAUAAUGGCGGAUAAAAAGCCGCAGCUGCGGACUUUAUAUGGGCAAAUGAAAUAUAUCAUCAUACAUUCCAAGGCUUUAUUUGUUUUUGUUUGAUUGUGUAUAUGUCAUGUAUAUUCUAAUAGUGAUGUGCAGUAUAAUUGAGCUCAAAAAAAAAAAAUUUCAUCAACAACAUAAUUAACCACCAUAAUGAUGUGGAAAAUCAAUAGAUUAUUAUUGAUUUUAUUUUUUUAAUUGCCCUUUAUUAUACGUUCUUGUACACUUUCAUCUGUGAUCAAAUGCAAACCAGCCAUGCAAAAUUCAACGAAAUCAAAUACUAAUGAAUUAGAAUUAUGUGAAUAUAUUGAUCUGUCCAUUUCUGUGGAAUCAAUUUAUGAAUCAGCAUCGGAAAUUGGUGAACAUUUCAAAAAGCUCAUACAAUUAUUUGGCGCCGAAACAUUUGAAAUAUUAAUUUCAUGUGUUGUACGUGUUUUGGAAAAUCUCGAAGAUGUAACCGUUCAACGUAAUAAUUGUUUGAAAUUAGUGGAUAAAUUACAUAAACAAAUUGAUGAAUUGCAAAAAGAUCAUCAGAAACGUAUUCAGGAACAAUUAAAGUUUCAAAUGGAAAUUGAAGAUAUUGAUGAAUUAUGGAGAAAAGAGAAUGGUAAACUUGAACAAUAUGUAAAAUAUCUUAAAAAUGAAAAUAAUCGAUUAAACUCGAUGAAAACAAGUGAGAAUUUAUCGCAUUCAUUAAUGAAUCUAAAACCAGAAAAUGAAAUAAAUAUAGAACAUUCAUCUAUAUGUCAUCAAAAAGAAAUAAAUAAUGCCCAACUAGAUAAACUCAAAACAAAAAUCAAAAUUCUUAACAAUGAGAUAGAAUUAAAAAAUGAAGAAAAUGAUGAUUUAAAAAGAAAAUUGGUUAAUUUGGAUCUGGAAAAUAGAAACAUUAGAAAAAUAAUUUCAUCAUUAAUAAACAAUAUUAUUGAUUCGAAUGGCGAAAUGUCUAAAAAUGACCAGCAUAAUGACACUAAUAAUAAUGAUGAUGAAUGGAGAGAAAGAAUUAAUAUACUUGAAGAGAAAUUGAUUGUCAUUAAACAGCAACUUGAAUCAAAACAAAAUGAUAUUAUCGAAAUGGCCGAAGAAGUACAGCCAUCAGAAUCUGAACAAAUAAAAAUGGAAGAUCUACCAGUUCAAGGUCCCAUUCCAAAAGAACCAGACGAAAAAUUGUACUGGUCUCCACGAAACAAUCAAAAUCGUAGUAAAAUUUGGUCAUUUUUUCCAAAGUUUACAAAAUCUUUCAUUAAAUAGACUAUAGUCUUUCAUUAAUAAAAUAUUUAAUAUUUAACAUUAAAAGUGAGAAUAAUGUUUCCAAUUAUAACUCAAUUUCGUCCUUUUUUAUAUAUGAAACAGAAAUUAAUUAAAAUUUUUAUAUACUUGA